AUGGCCAUCAAGGCCAACCAUUCCCCCCACGGCCGUCACGCUCACCAGUCCUCCUCCGCCUCAACCUCCUCAACCACCACCCUCGAGGCCGAGCGAGCAGACCGCAUUUCCCGCCUCGCCGGUCUAGAACGAGUCGCAACAGCCCGCCAAGGUCCCACCACUGCCCCGUCCAUCCCCCAUGGCCCGGGCUACUUCGACAGCCACGGGCUAAAAGAGCGCAGUACAGUCGGCAGCGCCAGCGCCACAGGUAGUUUCGGCGGACACACGACCUGGACAUCCAGCGAUACAUUCGAAGCGGACAAGAUGAGUGAAGACCCUGAUGCAGACGACGGACAGUCCAGCGUCGGCACCAUGAGUGAUGAAGGGAACGCUAGUCUCGUGGGCUUUGGUGAGGGAGCGAACAGUACCAUUAGCGGUCCGGUGUCGCGACCGCCGGGUUUGAAUCGCAUUCCUUCUGGUGGGCUUGCGAGACCUACUUCUAUGAGCUCAAAUGUUGGGAGACCGAAUCCGCUUGCUUCGUACCUUCAGCAGCAGAGUCAACAAGGGGAUGCGAUGAUGUCUGCUUCACCAACGGGCUCGACUACACCCGAACCUGUUACUGAGGACGCGCGCAUGGUUGAUGGGAUGACUUUUGAUUCAGAUGUCGUUGAUACUACGGCGAGGACCCCGCGGCUGGCUACUCCUAAUCAGAGUAGUGGUGGCUUCGAUAUCCCAAGUCGGGAAUAG